GACCACGGGCGCGGAAGGGCGAAAGGCGGCGGCGGCAGCAGCAGCAGCAGAGAGACGUCUGAGAGCGAGGCCACCUAAACAUUCACUUUAAUUACAAUCGUUCCGUUCCAAUUAACUCGUCGACGAUGGCCGGAGUGAACUCGCUGGACGGGGUGAAGAUGAAGAUCAAGACGCUGCAGCAGCAGGCGGACGCGGCGGAGAACCGCGCGGCCGAGUUGGAGCGCGCCGUGCGGGCCGAGGAGUCGGUGCGAGCCCAGGCGGAGGCGAAGGCGGCGCAGCUGCGCGACAUGAUUGCGGAGAAGGAGGAGAAGCUGGACAACACGCUGGAGCAGCUCAACAACGCGCUGCGGCGUCUCGAAGAGGCCGAGAAGGUGGCGGACGAAAGCAAGCGGGGCACGCGCGUCAUCGAGUCGCGCGCUGUCAAGGAGCUGCAGCGUCUGGGGCGCCAGGAGGACCAGCUGCGUGAGGCCAAGAUGAUCGCGGAGAGCGCUGACCGCAAGUUUGAGGAGGCAACUAACAAGUUUGUCCACCUGGAGAGUGAAAUGGAUAAGUUGGACGAGCAUGCCAAGCAUUCAGAAUUCCGUGCCAAGCAGCUGGAGGAGGAGCUCAGAUUAAAGUCUGCACAGCUACAGUCACUGAAGGCGGGCGAAAAGAAGUACGUGCUGAAAGAGAACAAGUGCGAGGAUGAGCUGAAGAUGCUGCGCUCAAAGUUGCGAGAGUACGAAAACCGUGCUGACGUCGGGCAGAAGAACGUCACCAAACUGGAGCAGCAGGUGGACUACAUGGAAGAGCAACUGAUCAAAGCCAAGGAGGAAAACAUGGAAAUAAACAGAGUCCUCGAUCAAACACUCAACGAGCUCAACAGCAUCUGAGCUGCAUGCGUGCUGUGUGCUUGGUGCGUGCUGCGUGCUUGCUGCGUGCUUGCUGCGUGUUUGUGUGCGUGCUGCAUUACGCGAGCCCCUGCACGCACUUCAAACACAGCCGCCUCUUCAUGCGGCCAGAGGAGGCUUCGGAAUUUAAACGCUCUAAUUGCGUUAAUGUCAAAUAUGCUUGAAAAAUAAAUGUGUGCACCCACGUGCUGCUGCUCCAUGCUGCAGGGUGGCAGCACAGUGGUAACACUCGUGCCUGACAGCAAGAAGGACCUGACGUUGAUUAUCGACUCGGGCGCAUGGAGUUUGUAUUUUCUCCCUCUGUUCUGCAUAUGGGUUUCAUCCAGGUUCUCUGGUGUCUACCCAUAGCUAAAAAACCACGCAAUCUAACUGACAUUGGCCAAACAGCCCAUUGCUGAAAAAUUAUCUACAAAUAAUUCGAUUGGGAUUGCACACAGAGCAACAUUACCCCUGCUGUUAAAAACGUGGUAGAACCCUGAGACUCGGCAAAGCCUUUCCUGGCUAAACAAUGGCCAUAAUAACUCAUAAUAUGACGUAGGUUUUUUCGCGGUUGUGCUGUCCAGCUCUCUGCAUGAGGGUUGAAUUAGUCAGUUUUCCCAAGCGCGAUGUGUAGAAUUGCAGCGCGUUUUCUUGAGCCCCCCCCCCCCCAGCCUGAUGGCAUUGUGGAAAAUUACCCAUGAUGCCCUCUGGCCUCGGUGCGUGUUGCUCGACACGAUCACCUUGCAUCGUACAGUAAAGCAACAUGAUUGUACGUCAAUAAACGCGUUAUUUAGGUGUCACUUGACGUACGAUCAUUUUGAUUCGAUCACUCCCCUGAAGUCUGAUGCAGUCGUUUUUUAAACAAUUCCGAAGCCUCCUCUCAUCGUUUCGUGAACGGGGAAAUCAUCGUCAGUAAAGUGGCAGGGACCAAUGCUCUAAAGUCAUAUUUCCCUUCGUCUAUGCAUCGGAUGUUUGUAAUUUUUUUUGAGUUUACGUUUAAAAAUACAUGCCUGAAAUAUAGUGCCAUUACAAGAGAUCUUGGUAGGAUUUCGUAAAUGUCUUCUUUCCCUGGACCUUGUUUUAAUAACCACAGCACCCUGCCGUGCUAUGUGUUUUUUCAUAGCGUGCACAGUGUCACGUUUUGUUGGCUCGUAGAUUCCUUGACAUAUUUAGAAAUGUCUCAAUACUAUAUUUGCGCAGAGGUGUAUCGUGCAUUGCAUCCCUAACCGCUGUGUACUGUGUUUAAUUGCCAUCUGAUAUUGAUUAAAGAUUGUAUGCCAAAAUAAUGUUUUUAAUGCCAGCGAAACGAGAGUUUCGUUUCCCAAACAAGGCUCAAUCCCUGCAUUGUGCAACAUUUCCACAGUUUCACUCUCGACAGUUUGCAUUUGUUAAGGCUGCAGUUUAGUGCAAAACAACCAAAGUAAAUUAUACUGCAAGGUGCUCUAUUGGUGUCUGCAUGAUGCUGCACCCCGUUACACAAACACGACACGUGCUGCAUCGCGGUGCAUCGGUCUUGAGUUGUGCAUUUUUCCCAAUUCCAUUUGAUUCAGUGUUUGGCACAUUUAAUCGUCUGAGCCAGAGCAGAGAUUGGUAUCACCUACGCUAGCAACACCUCAGCAAUGUGUUUAUACGGCCCAUAAGAGUGAAUCACUUGGGAGCCACUCAUUUUAAUCUGUUUCUACCAGAUAUUUUUUAAACUCCGAAAUUAUGCCCGUUUUUUUAUGACAUACUUUCCAAAUGCACUGCGUUGCGUGCUAAAAUAAAUGCGUGACCUAAGCAGCUAUUGCAACAUCAAUCCCCUGUGAGCGAUUCGCGCAGUGUACACGCCCGCUGAGACGCAUCGGCUGCUGUGGGUAACUUCAGUCGGGCAGCGGUGAUUUUCGCUGAAAUGAUUUCCCAACAGAAAAGCUGAAAAAUUGACAGCUCUGGUUCUUGUGGUGUCUCCGUUUAAUUCUGUGCUGUAAGGUGUUCUUUUCUGUCGUGCGAUCGCUUGCAACGUGCAAAUUGGAAAGUGGCGGAUUUAAAUCUGGUAACUUGACGUUCUGCCAAUAACCUCUAAAAUCACCCUCGUUUGUUUCUGAAAUGCCAUAUACUGUAAUUUUACCAUGUUCAGACCGGAUCUGCCUGAUGUAAAAUUUCUGCAUCGCAUCAAAAACCUGUAAGAAGUUUGAAUUGUAUAUAAGGUACUGUGUAUGGAACAAUGAUGAAAUCCCUAAAGUUUGCAAGCAGAGGUUUUGUUAAAGACGAUGCUUAUUGGAACGGGUAAUGGAAAGGAAUCAAAUUAUAUUUAAGUGCCUUAUGCGUUUAUUUUCAAAUUUAUCUUUGUCUUGAGAAUCAAAAACUCGUCUUUGUAUUAGGUGCUAAACAAUUAAAUCUGUCUACAUCACUUCUCUUCAUAAAAUGUUAGUGUCCAUAUUCUUGGAUUUGAUACCCACCCUGCCAUUGUUGAGUUUUACUACUUUGUGGCGAACUGACCGAGUUGCCUCGGCGAGCGUUGCGUGCAUUUUGAAGCCGCUGAUUGUGUGUCAUUAAUGGCUGGAUUCUUAUACACGGCUGUGGCUCAGCCCUCGCUCAGGUUGGGCUUGGGCUCGAGCCCCUCUUGCUGACAAACACGCAUGAGUGGACCAGCCGUGGCCUGGCUCAGGCUCAGCUCAUGGGAAUCCUGGGCAUGGCUGGGACCUUGCACAGAGGUCACGUUAAGCACAGCUUCGAGCCAUGACUCACUUGAGCCAAGUCUGUCGAGUCCGAGAGAAAGGCCAAGCACACGUGUUGCAGUUGAAUCUGCCAACAGCCGACACGCAUUGGAGCCACCUUGUUCGUCAUCGGCAAUAAGUGUAUUUAUAACGCGAACAAAGCAGAGGGGGUGACGACAUUUAAAUAGCUGCCAGCGUUAUUCGUGGCUUUCUAUGCAAGUGUCUGCCAUUUUAGGCACCCAAAUCAAAACAGAGCUCCACCAGAGUUCCCAGUUGCAGGUGAAAUGAGAUCGCAAUUACCCCAAUGUCGCCAGAUAACUCUUUGCACGUCGAAUAAUCGCCACCAUUCUGAGUGCAGCAUUGGGUUCGGAGCAUAGGGAUAUCGGCGGCACAAGCCCCGAGGUGUAAUGCACAUUCAAAUAAAGCAGUUGUACUGUGACGGUCAAUAUAUACACAACGGAUGCCAUAUGAAGUCCGUUAAGGCCAAACAUGUUUUGAAUUUGUACGGUUGCUCAAAGUACAGUAAACAAAAUUGGCAUUGUCAAUAUAACCGUCAACAAAUAAAGCAUAUCAUGAUUCGUCUCUUAAUCAACUCUCGUGAACGUUCAUUGAACCGUGCCUGUAGGAAUCGAUCACAAUUCCACUUCAAUGCAAGUAAGCUAAUAGAAUGCAAGCCAACGCAAAAUAAUACAAAUCAUUCUCGAGUAAUUUGUAAUCGCAAGGGAGUGAUCUAUCAUUACACGCAGCGAUGAGUAUCAUCAGCCAUAAACAUUUCACUGCUGGGUGAAGGCCCCCCGCAAGCCGCUGCCACUUCUCGCGAUCCAGCGAUGUAUCGAUCCAUCCAGCACCUGCACACGAGCUGAUUUCAUCACUCCAGUCACGAGCGAAGUACUUUAAAUCACUUGUACUGGUCGUGCUGAAUGUUUCACAAAUCAACCAAUGACUGCCACUGAAAUUUCUCAAUUGGGAUAACAAUUGAGCAAUUUGACAGACAUACAUGCAGGCCAGGUGCCAAGUCACCUGCCGCACAGGGACAACAGCCACUGGGGGUGCCCAUCAAAUGUUUUUUGAUGAAAUGUCAGGUGCUUUGAGUUACCGAGGCAAUAUAAAUGCAAAAUAGUUAUUCUCAGUGCUGGCAAAACAAUCAUUUAAAACAACAUCAACUUCAUUUAGUUUAAAGUUGAGUGCGCUUGGCGUCCCAGAGCGUUGGGAAUUAUUGUGUUGUGUUUGUCUCUGCGGGGUGUUUUUUUUUCUCAGGCGUUGGGUGUUUUGUUUCAUGGUAACAACACAAACGAACCAGCUGACCUGUCUGUGAACGCGCUUCCACGUUGCGCGCCCGAAAUCAGCGUUCGGAUGAGGUUCUCGCCUGAAUGUAAAACUGCUGCUUGAAACGUGACAUUGCCAGGAAUGAUUCGAGAACGAUCGACCGUUUGAGAUGGACGUAGAUCAUGCAGCUGAAUGCUUGCAUCGUUAUUUGCUUGCAACUGGAUUGAUCGCUACCUCCUGAUUACUCACGAAUCCAGAGACAUCUCCUGAAGCCAGCGACCAUCGGCCCUUGUCUUGUGCUCGGCUUUUUAUCGUGUCCCGUGUAUUGGGGGAGGGGGGUGCCAUAUGUAAUGUUUCGUAUUCUAAAUAAAAAAAGAUAAAACAUA